UCGGGCGGAGGCAGCGGGGGAAGAUGGCGGCGUCCGUUCCGCAGCGGGCCUGGACGGUGGAGCAGCUGCGCAGCGAGCAGCUGCCCAAGAAGGACAUCAUCAAGUUUCUCCAAGACCACGGCUCAGAUUCGUUUCUUGCAGAACAUAAGUUACUAGGAAACAUUAAAAAUGUGGCCAAGACAGCUAACAAGGACCAUCUGGUUACAGCCUAUAAUCAUCUCUUUGAAAGCCAGCGCUUCAAGGGGACUGAAAGUGUUAGUAAAGUGUCUGAACAGGUGAAGAAUGUGAAGCUUAGUGAAGAUAAACCCAAAGAUACCAAGUCUGAAGAGACUCUGGAUGAGGGCCCACCAAAAUACACAAAAUCUAUUCUUAAAAAAGGAGAUAAAACCAACUUCCCCAAAAAGGGAGAUGUUGUUCAUUGCUGGUAUACAGGAACACUACAAGAUGGAACUGUUUUUGAUACUAAUAUUCAGACAAGUUCAAAGAAGAAGAAAAGUGCCAAGCCUUUAAGUUUUAAAGUUGGAACAGGCAAAGUUAUCAGAGGAUGGGAUGAAGCACUCUUGACAAUGAGUAAAGGAGAAAAGGCUCGACUGGAAAUUGAACCAGAAUGGGCUUAUGGGAAAAAAGGACAGCCCGAUGCCAAAAUUCCACCAAAUGCAAAACUCAUUUUUGAAGUGGAAUUAGUGGAUAUUGAUUGAAUUUUAAGUGCUUCAGUUCUAAAAGCAUCAGCAACAACAGUAAAACAAGCCUUGAAGAAGACUAUGUAACUAGAGUUUACUGUUUUAAGGAAAACUGGAGAACUCAAGAAGUUAGAACUUGAUCCCCAACUUUUAAAAAAUUCCCUUAUAAAUCCCAUAAGUAAAAUAUUUUACUACAGCUGUGUAAAAUAUUAGUUAAGAACUGCAUUUCUUUUACCUCAUGAUCAAUAAAAAUGUAUCUGCUA